AUGGAUUGGGAAAAGGACUUCUAUGAAUUUUUAAUGGAAAUUAUUUGCAAAUAGAAUUCAAUUAGAUUGCAAAUGGCAAGCAAUGAUAUAGUUACUGCCAUGCAAAAGCUUCCUCCAAAGCAUCCAGUGAACAUGCACAGGAAAUAGUAUGGAAACCUCCAAUAGUGUUUUAAAGCGAAGAAAAAUCCAUUUUUCAGUUACACUGACAACUUGGUGUUGUUGUUGCCAAAGGAUAAGAUGGAUUAAUUGAAUCAACAUGGACUGGUUCCUUUGUAUUAGUUGUAUGUUCAAACUUAUGAAAGUGUGCAAAAGAAAUUGAUUGAAAUAAUGAAAAUAAACAAGGAGAACCAAUGCUAAGUGUGUGGAAUGGUCUACAAGGUAUUGAUAAAUAGACAAGGGAUGUGUGGAGAAGAAGAAGAUCAGAAGGCUCAUGUUCCAAUGCAUUAAUUUAAUAUAUUAUGA